AUGACACACCCAACAUCCGUAAACAUGACAUUCGACACUUCCCUCAUAGACGUCAAACCACCACCUCCCAUCUCCAACGAGAACACCUCUUUUACAUCGACCACCGCCUCGGACUCCACAAUCGACAUGGGUCCACCCACCAAACCUGUCCAACACAUGCACACACAAGCCGCUUACAACGAAUGGGCUUCCAUCUACGACACCGACGGCAACAUACUCCAAGCAAUCGACGACCUGGAACUUUCUUCCCUGCUGCCCGGCUUGCUAUCUUCUGUAUCCUCCAGCGGUGGCGAGGGGGCAGGACAUGAGAUUAAUAUCCUAGAUCUGGGGUGUGGUACUGGACGCAAUACAGCGAAGUUGCUGCGGUAUGAUUGGCGUGGUAGUGGAGUGGGGAGGGUGAAUGUUGUGGGUUUGGAUUUUUCGGAGAAGAUGUUGGGGGUUGCGGGGGGGAAGUUGGAGGGGUUGGUUGAUGGAAAGGAGGGUAGGGUGACGUUCAGAUUGGAGUGUUGUGAUUGUUUUCCUACCGCCUCCUCCUCCCCAUCCUCCUCACCUCUACCUACCCCGCUACAUACCCUCCCCCCGUUCAACCUAACCAUCUCAACCCUCGUCCUCGAACACAUCCCCCUAACCGCCUUCUUCGCCACACUCUCCGCCACACUAGCGCCCGGCGGCACGGCGCUCGUCACUAAUAUGCACGAGGACAUGGGCAAAGUUAGUCAAGCGGGGUUUGUGAGAAAGGAUGGGGUGAAGGUUAGGGGCACGAGUUGGAUUUAUGGGAUCGAGGGGGUUGUGGAGUGUGCGAGGGGGGUGGGGUUAGAGGUGAGGGAUGUGAGGGAGAGGGCGGUGGGGAGGGAGGAUGUUGAUGGUGCGAGGCUGGGGGAGAGGGGGAGGAAGUGGGUGGGUGUUAGGGUUUGGGUUGGGUUUGUGUUUGUUAAGAGGGGUGUGUGA